ACGCGGUCAGGAUGUGACAUCACCGACGGGGAAAAAACUCUCGGCCGAGUGUCUUUAAUGAAACGCCGGCGAGGGCCGGUGCGUGCCUCCUCUCCCCGGCACAGCGCUCGCGCCAGCGAGGUGGAGAAGCGAUGGGGCGUCCGGAGGGGGUCUGACUGCUUGGCUUGCGGGGUUUUUUUUUGUUGUUUUGGUUUUUGGUGUUUCUUCAGUAAGAGAGCAGAAACGGCAGUGAGGGGAUUGUGCUGGAAGUUGGACCUGCUGCGGGAUGAGAAAGUAGGGACUCACCACUGAGUCACAGCCAGUGGGGAAGCCGAGGCAGUGAUGACCAUUUGCAGAGACUGUUGUGCUCCAAGCUGGGGCAGGCUGCUCAGGAACUCUCUCUUCCCCAGGCCUCAGAAAAGCAUUUAGCACAACGGGACCUUGAUCUCACAUUGGUAUCACCAGUGAUGAGUGCAGAAACCUCAAACCCUGAAAAUCUCAGCCUUGGAGUUUACUUUGUCCUGAGAAUCUGCCAUAAUCCUGGCUGGCCCACCCCAUGAUGGCUUUGUGUCUCAAACAAGUCUUCAACAAAGACAAAACAUUUCGUCCUCGGAAGAAAUUUGAACCUGGUACUCAACGUUUUGAACUGUACAAGAAAGCUCAGGCGUCCCUGAAGUCCGGGCUGGACCUGAAAGCUGUGGUGCAGCUGCCUCCUGGGGAAAGCAUCAAUGACUGGAUUGCGGUGCAUGUGGUGGACUUCUUCAACCGGAUCAACCUCAUCUAUGGGACCAUGUCAGAGUACUGCACAGAGAAGAGCUGCCCAAUCAUGUCGGGUGGGCUCAAGUACGAGUACAGGUGGCAGGAUGACAACAAAUACAAGAAGCCGACCAAGCUGUCGGCCCCGCAGUACAUGUGCAUGCUGAUGGACUGGAUUGAGAUGCUCAUUAACAAUGAGGACAUCUUCCCCACAAGGAUAGGUGUUCCCUUCCCCAAGCAGUUCCAGCAAGUUUGCACUAAGAUCCUCACCCGCCUUUUCCGUGUCUUUGUCCAUGUCUACAUCCACCACUUUGACAGCAUCAUCAACAUGGGUGCUGAGGCUCACGUCAACACCUGCUACAAACACUUUUACUACUUCAUCAGAGAAUUCAGCCUUGUUGACCAUCGGGAGCUGGAGCCUUUGAAAGAAAUGACAGAACGAAUUUGCCACUGAAGUGAUUUCAGCAGGCAAAUGCAGGUAGUUCAUUCCAGUGGGACAAGACACCGUAUGGUGGGAGAUCUGUUCUGAAGAACUCACUCUGAUUAUUUCAGUCCACUGAACUAUGAACGCUGCAGAAGAGCCUCUUCAGGCCAGGGCUGAAUCCUAAGCUUGUUCAACAUCUCUGGACAAUUCUUUUUAAUACAUCCCAGCCUCUGUCAUGUGGCUACUGUCUUAGAAAGCCAUUGACUACUGGAGAACAAGGCAAAUUUGGCUCUUUUACCCACUCUGGCCUUAGCCCUAUGUCUGGUGAUAUCCCUUCAGUUACCCUUCCUCUUGUUUUGUCCUCAGCUAUAAGGAUCUGAGUGUUUUGUUAGUGAUACCUGCUCACAGGGUACUGUGAUCCUGGUAGCAAAGGUCACUCGUGAGCAGGUGUGAACUUGGCUACUGAGUAAUGCUUGUUACUAUUCUCAUAUGGACUGGGUUUGUGAUAAUAUCUGAGGUCAGCUCUGCAAAGUUGGUGACGUUUGAUCCCAACUGCCUUCAUAAUAGCCAAUGUAACAUUUGUAACCACGAGUUAUGAAUGCCUCCUCUGCCCUGACCAAUCCCUGCUUUAUUAAAGGGACCAUUUUUUCCCCCAGGAAAUGUUCACACUUUGCAAAGCAGACUUCAUGAUAUUCCAAAAUGUACCUAACAUUUCUUGGACUAAUGACUAGAUGGCCACAUGACAGAUGGACUUGAACUAGGUCACUUUUCAGUGUGAUCAGCCCUGCCUACCUGAGUAUUUUCCAGACUCAGAAAUCAUGAUACAAAGUGAGGGAAAGAAACUGUUUCCAAAAAACAAGCAGCAUUUUCUGACAUGUUGUCUUGCCUCAAAACCAGCAGAUGCUGACUGUAGAAAUUGUUGUCUUCCCAUUAUCCACUUGUACAUCGUAGUUAAUUAGGCUGGGAGGGACUUCAAGAGACAUCUGAUCUACCUUGUUCUUCCAAAAAGACAAGAUCUGCUCUACUUAAACUUUGUUGCCUGGGGUUUCUUUAGCCUGAGAAAGAAACCAUACCAUCUCUACCUGAUCUGUGUCAUUAUUCCCUUGAAAGGCGUUAGUAUCACACCUCAAAAUUUCUCCCUCUUAGGCCUGCAACGUCUAUUAACUAUUGCUGUGUUCCCUGUGACGUUCUCCUUUUGACAAGCGGUGAAGUCUUUUUUUAUUAUUUUGGAGAGUUAAAAUCAAAUUGUCUGAGCCACAAUGCUGUUAUGUUUGUGCUUCCAGGCCUUUUUCUGGAAAGGUUUUGUAUACUACACACAGCCAAUAUUUAUAAUCAGGGGUUUGCCCACUUUUCAGGAAGGGAGGGGUUUGGCUGGAAAAUGUAAAUAUAAUGCCAGCAUUAAAGUGCACAAAUGGAUUUUUAGUGCUCAAAGCACUUACUUUGUUGUGAAAAUCUAUUUUUGUUAAUCUUGUGUACCAGAUGUAUAUUUUUACAUGGAAAUAAAAAAGAGCAAAAUGGAGACAAAGGCACCCAAUACAUCAUUCCAAUAUUUUCUAUGUAAAAUAAUCAAUAAAAG